GAAAUCACCUGUUACUGCCGGAGCGAGUGGACAAAGACGAGUGUGUCUCUUUCUGCAGUGCGACACACCUGACUGCACCUCCUCCACACGCCCACACACCCCACUGCCUGGUGGGAUCAUGUGGGUUCUGGAUAAGAUCCGUGGGUCGGUGGAGACCGGCAUGCUGCGUCAGGGGGAGAACGGAGACAAGAAAGGCGUCCCCUACAGCAACGUCCUCACCCCGGACAAGAUCCCCGACUUUUUCAUUCCUCCGAAGCUGGUCAGCGGUGCCCCAGAACCUGAGAUUCCUCAGGUGAAGCCCAAAGAAGGACUGCAGCAGUUGACUCCAGAGCAAAAUAUCAGCAGCGGGAAGAAGAUCAGCAGCCCGAGAAGUCCACGCCUGGUGGCCAAGCUCGCAGGAGACACCAAGAACCUGCUGAGAGCAGCAAACCGUCACAUAAUACAGAUAGAGAGUGCAGAUGAUGUUGGAGACACCAAUGCAGACCCCCAGUCCCAAACAGCAAUGUCCCUGCCGUAUGUGCCCAAGACUCAAACACCUUACGGUUUUGCAACACUGAAGGAGAGCCCCCACACUCGCCGCAAAGAGUCACUCUUCCACUGCGAGCACACCAGUCCCAUCACCUCCCCAAACACGCAGAGGAAGACCCAGGGGAGAGGCAGCGAAGGGGGAAACCACCUGAACCCAGCAGACUGCAACACCUCUCAUAUGAAUCCUUAUCGUUACUUCAGCGGAGGAGAAAGUGACACCUGCUCCUCAGCCGAGUCCUCCCCCUUCAGUUCCCCGCUGCUCUCCCGCUCUGCCUCCCUGCUCAAGAUCUUCACCCACGAGACGCAGGCCAAGGUGGUGAAAGCCAAGCGGUCGUUCGCUCGCCACAGCUCUCUCUCCACCGACGAGUGCAGCUCGGCCGAGCCCAGCCCCAACAUCCAGCGACGGCUCCACGUGCCGUCCUACCACGGCGCCGCUGGAGCACCAGACCACCGGGAGCACACCAUCAACCUGCACAAAGGCGGGACGGUGAGGAUCAGCGCCAACUACGACUCCAGCACCUCCCGCCUGCUCAUCCGCAUCCUGGCUGCGGAGAGCCUCUACGACAAACACUAUGACAUCAAGAGCAUCAACUGCUGCGUGUCCGUCUACCUGAACCCUGGCAAGCUGCAGAAGCAGAGGAGCAACAUCAUCAAGAACAGCCGCAACCCAGUCUUCAACGAGGACUUCUUCUUUGACUCCAUCAGCUUGGUUCAGGUGAAGAACCUGUCGGUGAAGUUCAAGGUGGUGAACAAAGGCACCAGCCUCAAGAGGGACAACCUGCUGGGAGAGAAGGAGGUGCUUCUAACAAAGCUGCUCUCCGGGGUUUAAAGCCGCCGCACCUGGAGGUCAAAGGAGGCAAAAUAACACAAGGAUUGAAAGUUAAAAUUGGACGUUUGCACUGGUUUCUACAUAAACUGCUCUUUUUAUUCCAGUAGAUAAAAAACAGUGAACAGAGGUAGUGAAAUAUAUUCCUUGAAAGAAAGAGAAGCUUUUUUUUUUUUCCUGAGAUCUGAAAAAACUGCCAAGCUCUGAAAAUGAACCUCUUGAUGUUCGUGGAUGAUUGAAGGAUUUAUGGAGGCUGAGAGUCGUCUGGUUCCCAGUAAUGAACACUCAUUAAACCAAGCUGGGCGAGACAUCAACAGAUGAAAUUGGACUUAUCUCCCAGCCAACUUCCUCAGCCAGGUCUGGUUCAAAGGUUGGACGACACCUGUGCAUCAGCCCGUCUCGGUGUCAUUGCCUGCACCGUGUUCGUCAUGUGUGGCGUUGUUUUAUUAUUGUAAUGUGACAUAGGUCCACGGCAGCACAGGAUGUGAUUCUACAUUAGCUACACCGCAUGUGCUCAGCACAAAGAUGCCUUUGUGAAUCAGAGCUUUGAAGUGGCACUACAUCCUGAUGUGCAAAUGACCCUUUGAUCCCAGUUUCAAUGGCCCCGCCUCCUACAGGGAGGACGAGGGACAAUAGACGCAUUUACAUGCACAUCAAAUAGAAUUAUGAUGCACAGUCCUGUGAUUGCCAUAAUGUGAUUAUGUCAGACUAUUUAUACUCCAAUUACAAGAAAGUAGAGCUCCAGAAGCAUUUAUGUGCUGCAAAAAAAAUAGUACUUUAGUUAAAUUAAAUAACGUUCAAGCACCUACAAGUUUUUAAUUGGUUAUAAUACAGUCUCCAUUUAAUACCUAUGCCUAAAGUAAA